UUGAGGGAAAACGUCCGUGUCAACCGCCGCACGAGUGCUCGGUGACGGGAGUGAGCCGUGAGAGAUGAAAACGGACGUUAAUUCACCGUUUCCCGUGUGUUUGUAGCAAACUUCGAGGAUUUAGGGGGCCAGCUGACUCGCGCUGGAGCGAUGAAGGGAGAGGCGGAAGUGAAGUCACUUGACAGACCGUCCAUGUUAUUAUUGUUAUUUUUGGUAGCCCUGUGAUGAGACGGGCUGGGGAGCCCUUGGUCUCCGAGACAACACGACCGUUGACGUUACCGCAGGCCGCCCCGGACCGACACCACCCUCGCCGCCGACACCUCCUCACUGACCCGGAGACGGGAGCCUCGCUGACGGCUGGAGGGGGGGGGAGGAGGGUGUGAGGACCCAGCUCCAGCUCGGCUCCUACAAAAAAAAUAAAACAGCGACAAAAAACAAUAACGGUGUUCGUCAAAACGACUCGACUGGUGUCAGUGCGGCUGUGUAGCAGGGACGUGCCGCAGCAGACAUGAACGGUAUCACCAAGGGCCGGUUCGAGGUGUUCUCAAACAGCGAUGAAGCGCCAAUUAACAAGAAGCUCCCCAAAGAGCUUCUUCUUAGAAUAUUCUCCUAUCUAGAUGUGGUUACACUCUGUAGGUGUGCCCAGGUUUCCAAGGCGUGGAAUGUCCUGGCCCUGGACGGCAGCAACUGGCAGAAGAUUGACUUGUUCAACUUCCAGACAGACAUAGAGGGGCGCGUGGUGGAGAACAUUUCCAAGCGUUGCGGAGGCUUCCUGAGGCAGCUGAGCCUCAGGGGCUGCCUGAGCGUGGGCGAUGCCUCCAUGAAGACAUUUGCUCAGAACUGCAGAAACAUCGAAGUGUUGAACCUGAACGGCUGCACCAAGAUCACAGACAGCACCUGUCUCAGCCUCAGCAAGUUUUGCUACAAACUCAAACAGCUGGAUCUCACCUCCUGUGUGUCCAUCAGCAACCACUCCCUCAAGGCCGUCAGUGAUGGCUGCAGAAUGCUGGAGAUGUUGAACCUGUCAUGGUGUGACCAGAUCACACGUGAUGGCAUCGAGGCUCUGGCUAGAGGCUGCACUGGUUUACGAGCUCUCUUCCUCAGAGGCUGUACACAGCUGGAAGAUGGAGCAUUGAAACACCUCCAGAAACACUGCCCAGAACUCACCACCAUCAAUAUGCAGUCUUGCACACAGAUAACUGAUGAUGGCCUGGUCAGUCUGUGCCGAGGAUGCCACAAGCUACAGAUCCUUUGUGUGUCUGGCUGCAGUAACAUCACUGACGCCUCCCUUACUGCAAUGGGGCUCAACUGUCCCAGACUCAAGAUCCUUGAAGCUGCACGUUGCUCCCAUGUCACAGAUGCCGGGUUCACUGUGCUGGCCAGGAAUUGUCAUGAGCUCGAAAAAAUGGACUUAGAAGAAUGUAUUUUGGUGACGGAUAACACCCUGGUUCAGCUGUCUAUCCACUGCCCUCGCCUGCAAGCACUGUCCCUGUCCCACUGCGAGCUGAUCACUGACGAUGGCAUCAGAGCUUUGAGCAGCAGCACCUGUGGCCAAGAGCGCCUCACCGUGGUGGAGCUGGACAACUGCCCCCUCAUCACUGACGUGACACUGGAGCACCUGAAGAGCUGCCAUCGUCUGGAGCGCAUCGAGCUCUACGACUGUCAGCAGGUCACCAGGGCUGGCAUCAAGCGCAUCCGGGCCCACCUCCCAGAGAUAAAAGUCCAUGCCUACUUUGCCCCAGUGACACCCCCUCCCUCUGUACAUGGAGGUGGCCAGCGUCUGUGCCGCUGCUGCAUCAUCCUCUGACAGUGGAGGGCCAGGGGGGGCCACCUCUGUCUACAGGUCCUGCUGCUCUGAUAUGGGCUGAUGGGAUUGGGGAGGGGAGGGGGAGGGACUGGGGUAGGUGUAGGGGUGAGGAGGGGCUGGACCCACUCACUCACUGCUCCUGGUCACUGAUCAAUACAUAGACUGAUUGCCCCUGAUCAGUUGAACCCGCCCCUCCUCUCUCCUCUUGCUCACUGAUAAGGAUUGCAGCAGCCCCGGGUUUGGGCGUGGAGGGGCGGGUGGAAAUGACAUGGAUGGACUCUCUCUCUCUCUCUCUCUCUCUCUCUCUCU